AUGCGCACUUCUCGUACUUCCAAGGAUACCGCGAAGGUGCUACAGGCACUUUCGUCCCCCGUGCGACGUCAGACGCGCAACUCCUCCGCUGUCAGCGCUUUGAAAAGUUUCGCCUACAAUGCAAAUGCAACUCCGACCGUCAAGACCGAGCCUGAAUCUGUUGCUGUACCACCGAGUUUGAUUGCCGAAAGCGAUGACGACUCCGUUCUUUCCGAGGCAGACACAGCCGAUAUCGAAGACCUCCUUGAACCGCCACCGAAACGUCAAAAGCGCAAUGCGAGUCCCUUAAACCCCCCAGUCCCGAAGAAGAGUCCUCGCACACCCCGCAAAGUCAUCGUCAAGAAUGAGCCCGAUCAGAAACCCACACCGGCACCAAAAGCAAGACGUCUCCCAGCCCGCAAAACCCGCGAUGCCGACGGCCUGGUCAAAGUCGAGCCCCCGUCCAAUUGGGAGACAAUGUACAACACCAUCAAGCAGAUGCGGGCCGACAAUCCGACCGCACCGGUAGACACAAUGGGUUGCUCCGAGCUCUACUGGCGGGCAUCCUCACCCCAGGACCGACGAUUCCAGACACUCAUCGCACUGAUGCUCUCAUCGCAGACAAAAGACACCGUCACAGCGGUAGCGAUGCAACGUCUACACACAGAACUCGGCGACGACUCACCGGAUAUCAAAAUCAAAUUGGAAGACGAGUCCAACGACACAGACACCAAAGACAGCACGCUCAACCUAAAAAAUAUCCUGGCUGUGGAUCCCACGCGUCUGAACGAACUAAUCCGCACAGUCGGCUUCCACAACAACAAAACAAAAUACAUCAAAGCGACCGCUUUAAUACUGCGCGACCAGCACGAUGGCGAUAUCCCCUCGACGCCCGAAGGGCUAAUGGCUCUUCCGGGCGUUGGGCCGAAAAUGGCAUACCUGUGUCUGAGCGCGGCAUGGGGCAAACACGAGGGCAUUGGAGUCGAUGUGCAUGUCCACCGCAUUACGAAUCUCUGGGGCUGGAAUAAGACCAAGAAUCCGGAGGAGACGCGGAUGGCGCUGCAGUCAUGGUUGCCGCAUGAUAAGUGGCAUGAGAUUAAUAAGUUGCUUGUUGGGCUUGGGCAGACGGUUUGUCUGCCCGUUAAGCGUCGCUGUGGAGAUUGCUAUCUUGCUGGCUCGCGGCUUUGUAAGAGUGAGAUUCGGGGGUUGGAGCCUACUAUGUCGAGGGUUAAGAGAAGUCCUGAAUUGGAUGAGCCGAAGGUUAAGAUUGAGGCUGUUUGA